UGGCGGCAGUGAUCUCAAUCGGCUCACAGAUAGCGAGGCUCCUUUCAGCGCCACGGCUGAGGCUCUGUGUGUGGGCGGGACCAACGGAGAACACCCCCCCCCCCGUGCCGCCACAGCAUCGAAUCGAGCAGGGGAGAGAGAAUACAUUCAAAGACAUGCAACUGAUAAGGCUCCUUUAUUUAUCUGUCCCCGUUAUGUGAGCCCCACCGGCCUAAGUGUGCAUGAAGAAGAGAAGGCGGAAGCGAUGCUAUAGCGCGCGGGAUGCUGCGGAGUGAGAGCAUCGUGGGAGGAAGGCUCAGAGCGAACCUGCGGGUGGUGAAACACGAAUGGAGCUGCUUCCCGCAGAUGAGAGAGGCAAGCAGCGCGAUCCUCCCGACGUCCUUGACCGGGUUUCCGGUGCGCUGCUGCAUGCCCGCAAGUCCGGUGGAUCAACAGGAGGAGGAGGGUACCCGGGGGAGGGCGUCUGUAACCCGGCCCGAGGCAGCCAUGCCCGGAGUCAUUCAGCACCAAGGACGGCGCCGCGCAGGGGGGGAGCGGAGGUUAAACUCGGUCACCUCGGCGAGGAGAAAGUAAAGGUGUGUUGCGACGAGGAAUUAGAGACAUCCUUCACUUAUAUCGAUGAGAAUGUUAACCUAUGCCUGGCCAGCCCGGACACUAAACGUACUCACAGGCCUGUGCGUAAUGGCGAGCCUUGCUCCGAGACUUUACCGGAGUUUUCCUUCAUGUCAGAGGACGAUCUCUCCUUCGGGGAGGGUCCUGGGACUUCUGUAGACUAUGGCUUCAUCAGUGCAGUCACGUUUUUGGUAACCGGGAUCUCCUUGGUGAUCAUCUCCUACGUCGUGCCUCGGGAUGUGGUGGUGGACCGUGACAGCGUGUCGGCGAGGGAGAUGGAGAGGCUGGAGAUGGAGUGUGCACGGAUAGGCGCCCACCUAGAUCGGUGCGUCAUAGCGGGGCUUUGCCUGCUCACGCUGGGCGGCGUGGUUCUCUCCACGCUGCUCAUGAUCUCCAUGUGGAAGGGGGAGAUGUACAGGAGGAAGGUCAUUGCUUAUUCCAAGCGCUCAGCCAAACUGUAUGGCUCCAUCAGCCUGAAGACCAGGUCCAGCCCCAGCCACUCCUCUGUGAAUUUGUCCCUGGAGGAGGAAAUAGAGGAAACGUUGGCUUAACAUGCUGCUCUGUUUAUGAACAUGUUGGGUGAAACAGGAAUUAAUGCCAUUCAUUCACAUACAUUAUCUAACAUAGUGUAGCCUAUAACUUUAUUCACACAUUUAUUUUCGUCUCAUACUUUAACACUGUAUUGUGCAUCCACGUGGCCAACAGAAAAGCACUCAAAUGCAAAAUGGGGAAUUGCAAGGAAAACAUUAGGUGGUAUUUUGCAGAUAACGAAUGUACAUUUUUUCCAUUAAUUGUUCGGUCAACAAAAUAUCAGAAAAAUGUGAGAAAUGUCCAUUUCAGAUUUUCAAAGUCCAAGGAGAUGUCUUUAAAAUCCUUUUUUAAAUUAUGCCCAAAACCAAAAUAUGUUCACUUUAAUAUGAAAUCACCAUAUUUGAGAAGUUCAAAACAAUAUUUGCUGCCAUGUUUGCCUGGAAAAGACGUUCGAUUAAUCGAUCAUUUGCAUAUAACAAUUACUUUUCUGUCUUCUAAUCGUUGCAGCUUUAUCAAAUUGUUCCCAAAUGAUUUCAAAUGGCUCAAACCCCUGAAAGACACUAGGGAGAUUGCUAAUAGCUUUGUGAUCACUUUUUUUCUGUACCAGGAAUGCAAUCUCUGAGAGCUUCCAUUUAUUAUUAAGGCUAUUCAUAUUUAAUGCGAGAAAUUGUGCGCAGACACAUUUCAACUGGAGAAAGUGUGUGUCUGCAGGGCCUGAGAGUGGAGGAGAGAUGUAAAGCUGUCCCUGUCCACUGUGAUGUGGGAGCAUCAGCUCAGUGGUCCACACGGUAAUAUCCAGUGACAGUCCCCCUGCUACACUGCUGAGGUAAGCCAGUAUAAGCCCGGAUUUGUGCAUCUGAGCCAAUGCUCAACAUCGGUUUGAUUGCACUGUGCAAUUUCUUCCUCCUCUCUCCUCCUCCUCACCACCUCCACACAAGACUUUCCUCCUGCAAUUCUUCAAUGCUCACCCCAACCUUUGUACACUUAUAUAUUCACACUUGUGGAAAGGGUCCUGGACGACCACAGCCAAGUGCCUGUGACAUUUCAACGAGCCUUUUCCUUACCUGCCUGCUCUCAUCCUCUCUGCUUGAGGACAGACUUAAGAACGCCUAAUCGCACAUGAAAGAGUUGCCCCACUUCCCCAAAACCUUAAGUCUUCCCCACUUCAAAGAGCUAAUUACAUUAACACAGUGAGGUAUCAGUCUCUUUCCAAGGUUAUAUUUGAUGGUAUCACGGUAAUUCACCGGCUAAAAUAUUUCUAAAAUAAAGCUUAGGAAAAGAGGUUUAUCAUGAGCAGACUGGGUAAAAAAAAUUCAAUGCAACAGUGUACAGGAAAGACACAAACAACUUCAUGUAACACUUUCUAUGACGGCCUUGUCUAUAUUGCAUUCAAACUUGUGAUGCAUUAUAAUCUGCUUAUAGCAUUUUCUAAUUACAGUUUAAAGAGUUCCUAUUAUGCUUUUCUGGUGUGUUAUAUAGGUUUUUGUGCAUGUAAAUGGUCUGCAAUGGUUAAAAAUCAUAAAGUUCCCUCCAAAGGGAGUUUAUCUCCCAGACACUCCCCCACUCUGGCAGUGGGGGUCUUAAUUGGACUCCUCUAUUUACUUUCAUAACAUAUUGAUAUCACUAUGUAACACUUGCUUCUAUUCGCAAGUGUUCCAACAUCUUGUACAUGAUAGGCUAAGAGGGGGGACAUCUCUAAGCGGUUGACCAAUCACAACAGAGCCGGCAAGCUAACCAAUCAGAGCAGACUGGGCUCUGGUUUCAGACAGAGGGUGAAAAGAGGUGCUGCAGCACAGGCAGUAUGAGAAAAAUAAAGAGCUUUUUGAACAUUAAAGCAUGGAGACAUGUCACAGUAGAGGAACAACAUACAAAUAUGAACCCGGAAAUGGGGCCCUUUUAGAGCACUCGACAAUGAUCAUGACAUUAUAAUGCAUUUUUAAAUGACUUUUGGUCAAGUAUAGCUUACAUUAUAUUUUUAACAAGGGUCAUGUAUAAUAGUUCCCUUGUAGUAAUUUAUAAUGCAUUUUAAUGUGAUUUUUCUAAGUUACCAUUGGGUGCUUGAAUUAAGUUAUUUCAUGAAGUAUAGGCAGAUAUAAUAUGUAACACACUGGUUAUAACUCAAUAUAAGUGGUUAUUAUGUCUCUAUUUCUAACAAGGACCAUGCAUAAAUAUAUGUAUAUACUGUACAUUCAAGAGAAUAGCUGAAUCAAAAUCAUUAUAUAUAUGCAGGAAUAACACACACAUAAAAAAACUGAUGGAACAGCACAUAACAUAUAACAUAAGAUCAAACAAUUAUAAUUUAGAAAUAUUUGUAUGGGUUGUAAAUAUUGUAAACAACAUAAUGAAUAUGUAUGACUGCUACAAUAAUACAGUCUUAUAAGCAGAUUAUAAUGCAUAAUAUGUUUGUUUAUGAUGCACUUAUACAUGGCUGUCAUCAAUAUUCUUACCCACGAUUUUAGCUUCUGUCACUGCUGUCUGCAGAGAAUAAAUAAUGCCAAACAAUUCUGUUGACAUAUUUUUUUUAAAUGUCGACAUCCUGUAAGGCUCAUGAAUCAUGCAUGAAUCACUAGAAUUAAUUCAUAUUUGAAUAUAUUCAUGUACACAGCCAACGACAAGUUCUAAUGGCUCUCAUGCAGUGUCACUGUUACCGUGGUUUCUCGCCCUGUUUUAUUUCCAAGGCUUUUAAUGUGACCCUAUUUCAAGGCUUACAUUGAGAGGGACAUGAGUCAUAAUGAGAUGCGUAAGGCUGAUGACUCUGUGUUCAACAGCUCAAGGCCACACCGCUGUUGCGCUUUCAUUCAGUUGCAUUUAUUUUAUGUACACUGUCACUGCAUAUUUUUCUAGGUGCCAGUCACUUCACAGUCAAGUGAAAAGACUGGAUCACUAAUGAGGUAUUAAUCCAGCAUUAUGGUUGAAUAAAUAUGCAACUAACGCUAAUGCUACCACAGCUUUUCAUCUUCCGUAACCACAGAACUGACAAGUGUGUGUGCAUCCCUGAAAAACAUCCAUUACAGUAUGUUGCGAAACGGCUAUAAAAGGCCCAAUGAACAGAUUUCCGGGAGAGGUAAUAAAAAUUAAUGAUGCAUAU